AUGCCGAUACAAAUUGGUAGAUUAAAAUGUCUCCAGACGUUGACAAAAUUCGUCGUCAACAAACAUGACAGUGGGUCUAACAUUGAAGAAUUGGGAAAACUAAUAAAUCUUCGGGGAAAGCUUUUGAUUCAAGAGCUCCAAAAUGUUAGAACAGCCAAGGAUGCAAGCUUGAAGAUGAAGGGUUACCUUGAGAAGUUGGUGUUAGAAUGGAAUCGUCCAAAAGAAGUACUUGGUAUUUCGGAAAGUCAAAGAGAUGUACUUGAAGAUCUACAGCCCCAUGAAAACUUGAAAUGUCUCACCCUCAAAUGCUACGGCGGGAACGGUUUUCCAAAUUGGAUAGGGCAAGGGCUUCCUUCAUUGUCUAAGUUGGAAUUAAUUGAUUAUUGUAGUGCCUUGCCACCCCUUGGGCAGCUACAUUUUCUUAAUAAACUCUACAUUGAUGGGUUGGAUGAAGUUGUUACUGUGGGUCCAGAGUUUUAUGAAAAUAGUAGUAAUUCUUCAAUGAAGCCAUUUGAAAGUUUGAAAGUUAUGAGGUUGGAGAAUUUGUCGAAUUGGGAAAACUGGCUUCACUCGAGUGGUGAAAAUGAAGUUGAAACAUUUUCUCAACUUGAAGAGUUGUAUAUUAAGAAUUACCCCAAAUUGAGAGCAAAGUUGCCCGUACAUCCUUCUUCAUUGGCCGAACUUCAUAUCAUCGACUGUAAGUUAGAGCUCCCCAUCAUGCGCCGACAAUAUUCAUCCCUUGAAGCAUUGCACUUGACAAAUUGUUAUGAUUCCCUUACAUCCAUUUCAUUACACCUAUUUCCAAAUCUGAAGAGUAUUCAAAUCGAGAAGUGCAACAAUUUGAAAUCUUUAGAACAACAUGGAGGUGAUUUAGUGAUAUCACAAUUAGGAAUCCAUAAAUGUCCUAAGUUUGUAUCUUUUCCAGAAGGAGGAUUGUGUGCCCCUAACCUUGCAAACUUUGUCGUCAACGAUUGUAAGAGCUUGAGGUCAAUGCCAAAUAAGAUGCAUAUAUUCCUUCCAUCUCUUUGUUAUUUGGAGUUAAGAAGUUGUCCAGAAGUUGAGUCGUUUCCAGAAGGGAGACUGCCUUCCAAUUUGAAGCAAAUUGUGAUCGUCAGGUGUAAGAAACUCAUUGCAAACUGGAAGGGAUGGGAUUUGCAAAUACUCCCCUCUCUUGAAUGGUUGACAAUCACCAGUGACAAAUUAGAAGAUCAUGUGGAGUCCUUUAUUGGGGGGUUGUGGCUGCCCACCACUCUGACCAAUCUUUUGAUCUGUUCAUUUGGAAAUUUGAAAUCUUUGGAUAAGGAGGGGUUUCAACACCUCACUUCCCUUGUAGAAUUGGUGAUCAUCGACUGUCCAAAACUCAGGUACUUGCUAGAAAAGGGGUUCGCUAUCUCCCUUCAUCUUUUAUGGAUGUUAUUCAUAUGUCCUGUAUUGAAUAAAGAGUUGGAAAGGAAAAAAGGAGAAGAAUGGCUGAAGAUGGCUCACAUCCCCAACAUAAUUAUUGGUGAUCAACACAUUCAAGGAGUUAAACGGUUUCCGAGUGAGAGCCCCCAUGCAUGCAUGCAUGCAACCUCAUGA